AAUGGCCACAAAAGUUAAAUAGUGUUCAAGCGUAUUGGUCUCUGUUGAUUGAAUCUGCAAAUUCUGGCCUUAAAAUCGCACCAUCGAGCAUAUCGCUGGCUAUCAUUAUUAUUAACGCGGCUGUGUGAAAAAGUCACUUUUUCGGCAUCGUCAAUGUCGAGGACAAACGAUUGGAUCAAGCAAUUAUUAUAAUUUCUUAAUAAUUUUUCAAAAAUUUCACACAAACCAAAUCGGGCCAAAGAUGGCAGAUAAUGCGGGAUUUACCCCAUCGGCGCCGGGCGAGAACCCGCCCCCGUACACCAGCUCAGUGGCCACAUUGAAUGACUUCAGCUCGAAAUCCAACUUGACGGAGAAGAACCAACAGUCCCUAGCGGAGGAUCCCUACGAUCCGUUCGAGAACCGAGAUCCCAAUGGAGCCAGUGCCGGCGGCGCCUUGUCGCACUUGCUCAAGAGUUCACUGGGCACUGGAAUCCUGGCCAUGCCCAUGGCCUUUCACAACGCCGGCUUGGCUUUUGGCAUGGCCAUGACGCUGAUCGUCGGAUUCCUCUGCACCCACUGCGUACAUAUUUUGGUGAAGACUUCGCAUAACAUUUGCCGGGAGGCCAGGGUUACAUCUUUGGGAUUCGCUGAAACGGCGGAGAAGGUCUUCGAGUACGGGCCAAAGGGAAUGCGUCCCUACUCAAACUUUGCCAAGCAAUUCGUGGACAUCGGCCUGAUGGCCACAUACUAUGCGGCUGCAUGUGUGUAUAUCGUUUUUAUUGCGACAUCUUUCCACGAUGUCAUUAACUACGAUUGCGGCAUCAACUGGGAUGUGCGCAUCUACAUAGCCAUCACCGUGAUUCCCUGCCUGCUGAUCGGCCAGAUCCGUCACCUCAAGUGGCUGGUGCCGUUCUCGAUGAUGGCCAACAUCUUCAUCGUUGUGACCUUUGCCAUUACGCUGUACUACAUGUUCGAUCAGCCACUGGUCUACUCCAACAAGCCGCUGAUCGCCAAUGCUGCAGACAUUCCGCUCUUCUUCGCCACCGUGAUCUUCGCCAUGGAGGGCAUCGGCGCUGUGAUGCCCGUGGAGAACUCGAUGAGGAAGCCGCAGCACUUCCUGGGAUGUCCCGGUGUCCUCAACACGGCCAUGAUCACUGUGGUCUCGCUCUACGCCAUCAUCGGAUUCUUCGGCUAUGUGAGAUUCGGCGACGAAGUGCGCGGCAGCAUCACUCUCAAUCUGCCCGAGGGAGCCUGGUUGGGAGACACGGCCAAGCUCCUGAUGGCCGUGGCCAUCCUCUUCACCUUCGGACUGCAGUUCUAUGUGCCCAACGAAAUCCUCUGGCGCAAGAUCGGUCACAAGUUCAGCCCCGAAAAGCAAAAUAUUACGCAGAUCCUGCUGCGCAGUGGUAUUAUUCUGGUCAUCGGUGGUGUGGCUGCUGCCAUUCCCAAUCUGGAACCAUUCAUCAGUUUGGUGGGUGCCGUGUUCUUCUCGCUGCUGGGCAUCUUUGUGCCCAGCUUCGUGGAGACCGUCUAUCUGUGGCCCGAUCGCCUGGGCGUGUGCAAGUGGAAGCUGGCGAAGAACAUCUUCCUGGGCGUGUUCUCCAUCCUGGCGCUGGUUGCCGGCGCCGUGGCCAGCAUCAACGAGAUCAUCGAAAUGUACAGCGACGACGAUUAGGGUUUCCAGGUGUUCAGCCUUAAACAAGACAUGUAGUAUUACAUUAGAUGCAGGUAGCUUCCCCCCCCAAGGAAGUAUAAGUUCGAAGAGCAGGCAAAGCCCACAUCCACAUCCACAUCCAGAUCUGACCCAACUUACGGCCAUGUUGAACAUGGUCAGGCGGCUCGGAUGCCCAAUUGCCGAUGCCGUUGACUGCAUGAACAAGAUGAUAUUAAGUUUAAGUGCCCUGUUACACAAACUAAGCUGCAAUUCAUAGAAUUUAUAAAUGUUAUUAUGUUAAGUUGCUCAGCAUUCCAAACGAUAAAGAGAAACAGUACGAAAAUACA